ACGAGCCGCUCGCCCAGUAGAGCGCAGCCACAGAUUGCGUGCAUUUGCAGGCCAUGCCGCCGCGCAAGUUCAAGACCGAUCAUCGCCGUGGUGGAGGGUCGAAACAUAUAUCCAGCUUUGACGAAGUGAAGGCAAGGAAUGCUGGCGAGGAGUCUGCCUACGACAAGGCAAUGCUGCUCAGAAGCCUGCAGUUGAGCCAGUGGCAACCUUGUCAAGCCCUUUUUCUCUUGCUGGAGGACGCAUCAGAGCUGCUGUCAAUCCCUUGUCAACCAACAGGUCUGAUAAGUUUGCCAAGGAACUUGGAUGUUGUGACUCAAGCCAACACGUACCAUUAGACUUUCAAUGUUGUGUGAGCACGGCCAUGUUGAGGCCAGAGCUGCCCGGGCUGGCAAAGCUAAAGAGGAGGAGGAGGCGGCGUCUGGAUCGGAGGAGGAAGAGGCGAAGCCAGUAGCCCGCAAGCGCGACGAAGUUUUCGGGGAGGUCUGCAACCCCAACGCGGGCGGCUACGCACACGUGGACAAGCAUGGGGUGGAACUUUCCCGCAAGCAGCGGGAAGAGCUGGAGAGGCAGGCCGCGCGGCGUCGGUAUGAAGAACUGCACAAGGCAGGCAAAACACAAGAAGCCCAAGCGGAUUUGAAGAGGUUGGAAGAGGUGAAGAAGAGGCGUGAGGAUGCUGCCAAGAAGAGAGCGGACGAGCAGGCUUCAGCAAAGGUAACGGAGACAGACGCGAAAGCUGUCGGCAAAGCUGCCUUGAUGAAAGAAUUGAAGCAAGCAAUGGGCAAGGAGGACGAGGCAGCGCGACCGUCGGGCAGUGAUGAGAAGGAGAAGGAGAAGGAGAAAGAGAAGGAGAAGGAGCCCGUGAAAGACAAGGAAGAGCCAGCAAAGCCUGAGGAUUCUGCUCCCAAGAAGAAAACGAUCAAUGGUGCUGAUGUCGCUGAUGUUUACUCCUUUGUGUCCGACGGCAGCAAAGUCAAGGAUGAGGGCAGCAGAUUUCAGGCGACAGAUGGCUCCAUCGAAGCAUGCCGAGAAGCAGAGGCUGACUUCAUGUGAGCCCAGCUAGUGUCUUGCGCAAGGAUGGGACAGUUCCUGCGCGAGCCAUCCCAAAGAGAGGAUUCUCCUGUAGUAAGCCAUAGCCCCGAGCACGUGCGGCGGCAUACAGCCGCAUUCUGCGAGUGCCAAGCACGUUGCGAUCGAGGCUAUGCGCAGGUGG